CUGGAAAGUGGUUCAUCCUCCUCCGAAGAAGACGAGGAUGAGGAUGAGGAGGAAGAUGAUGAAGAUGAGGAGGGCUAUGAGGAGGAGGAGGAGGAGGGAGAGGAGGUGGAAAGUGAGGCGGGAGAGCUUUUCACUCAACGUGCCCUUUGUGUGUACCUCUGGUUUGACACAGUUGGUUCGGCACCGAGUGCCGUGGUCAGAAGUUAUGUUGAGGUGUUUGAGGUGUGCUGCAUCAUUCUUGAUAGGAUAUUGCGGUUGCACUCCAAUGAAACUGAAAUUGGAAAGGUGAGGAGCAUAACCUUGUGGACGGGUUCAUGUGUGCCCUCUAGAAGCGGUAAUGGAAGACACAAGGCACAAGUUCCCCAGACUGCUAACCACCGCCGAGGUGUUGUGCAUCAUCCGAGCAGUCAAGUAACUCAACCUUUCCUCUACGUAAUCGCAUGGCACUCAUUGAGGAUCCUCAAGGCUGCAUUAAACCUCCUUUUUGUCGCCUCCAUUGCUCUGAUUUCCAGAUUGGAGAAGGAAGGUGGAGAGUGUACUAUCCUCUAA